GCGGCUUGUGGUGCGCUUGCAAACAAGGAGCGGUGGCUUAUUUUGCAACUUAGGCGGAGGUCAAAUGACCUCUUUCAAGCAACCCCACCUGGCAGCGAGCGAUUGUGAAGAUCCUCCUCAGAGCCCAGAAGGCACAGCCGCCCUGAAGCAGCCCUUCAACCAGAGUCCGGACAGCCAAGAUGCCUCUGGAGGCUUUUGCGAAACUCCUCAGAAAAACAAAGAUUCCCAAGAUGAAGGAGACACAUCGGUGCCCCCCAGGAAACCUAGCGGCUCCAAAGGAAACACUGGCCAAGAGGUCCAAGAACCAUUGUUGGUGAGGCUUCUUGAAGAGAGCUCAUGCGAUGGAACUGUCCAGCAGGAAAUUCAAGAUGUUGAGUUAAUUCCUUGGAAGACGCUGUACAAUCAGUAUUUGGAAAAAGCUGACCAUGCCUCGCAGACCGUAGGAGUCAUUCUGCAACGGUACGGCCUAACCAAGGAGCACCACCAGUGCAUGCUGGGAUUUAUUCGGUGCGCGGCUAAUGUUCGGAGCUGCCGCUGCCGAGAUCCCACCGCUGCCCUCGCGUGUCUGAAACGCCACUCGCUCUUUCCCAAGGCGGAAAUCUGCAUCGCCAAGAACCUCCCGGAUUUGGAUGGGCGCAAAGAGAAACCGGCCUACGUUCGGGCAGUGACGGCGGCCAUUGUGCUCUUUGCUGGAGGCGUUCGCGAUAUUCAGGAGCUGGUGCGCUGUCUCCAAAGGCCCAGCUCCACCAUGUCGCUGAUGGACGCCCUCGAGAUGUUGUAUUCUACGGCCACCCUACUUUACGCCAUGCGAGAGAAUGAAGUCUGGAUCAGUAACAGGUUUCACUACAAUGUUUUUUAUUGCUUGCAUCACUUGGAGAAAUCACCCGACAACAUGCCUGCCAUAAAUGAUCUUGAAUUAUCCAGCAGUAAUGGAGAUCUUGGCUCUGUUUUACGACCUACUAGUGAACAACAACAGAUCUUAAACCAUGAGCUUAAACCACGAGAGCGGGUAAUAAUUGAAGGUUUCGCAGGCACCGGCAAAACAUCCACGCUGAUCCAGUAUGCCAGGAAGUGGUCCGAGCUGAACUUCUUAUACUUGGUAUUCAACAAGACCAUGGCACAAAAGGCGUUGCAGGUUUUCCCUGCCAACGUCACCUGUAAAACCAUCCACUCCUUAGCUUAUGCCAAAGUCGGCCGAGAGUACGAGAAUAAAUUUAUUCCGGACUUACUGACCGACGAGGUAAGAAGUGUCCUCUCCAAUCCUGAGACCAGUGCCACGAAAGUCGUUCAGACCCUCAAAGCCUUUUUCGCUUCAGCAGAUGACGCCAUCACUGUGGAGCACACCGGCUAUGGAGAAAAUGUGGAGGAAUGCAAAAAGCAAAUCAUUGUUGAAGAAGCGAAACAAAUAUGGACCAAGAUGAAAGCGCCGGGCCCAACCACGGAAAUGGCACACAGAAUGACGCACGACGGUUACUUGAAACUUUGGCAACUCCGGAAGCCGUCUCUUUCCAAAUACGACGCCAUCUUGGUGGAUCAGGCCGAAGACUGCACCCCCGCUAUGAUGAAUGUUGUCCUCUCACAACAAUGUGCUGUGAUCUUGGCAGGAGAUCUGCACCAACAGAUCUACACCUUCCGAGGUUCUGACAACACAGCUUUUGAUGUGCCCCACAGCCACGUCUUUUACCUGACGCAGAGUUUUCGGUUUGGCUACGAAAUAGCUUACGUUGGUGCAAUCCUUCUGGAUGUUUCCCAAAAAGUCCGGAAAGUCCUGGUGGGAAACAACAAGGGCAGUGAUGCCAGCGUGGAUGGGAAGGUGGCUUGUUUAUCCUGGACCAACAAAAGUAUCUUUGAGAAAGCUGUGAGCAUUACAAGUGGAGACUUACCUGCUAAGAUACACUUCCUGGGGGGUAUUAAAGCUGUUGGCCUGGAUAUAAUUGAAGAUCUUUGGAAGGUCCUGGAUCCUGACUGUGACUUCUCUCAAAUGGAUUUUUUAUAUAGCAUCCAAUGUUCAAGUCUGUCAAGAUCCUUGAGCCUAUCUUCUGGAGUUGAGGAGGGCUUGGCCAGCAUCAAGGACUAUGCUGAAAAAGCGGAAGACAAACAACUGGAAAUAAAAAUUGGAAUUGUGGAGAAAUACCGGGAACGUAUUCCGGAGCUGGUAAAAAGGAUACGCAAGUGCCAUGUAUCGAAUCCUGAAAAUGCAGAUUACGUCCUAGGGACUGUGCACAAGGCCAAAGGGCUGGAAUUUGACACCGUCCAAAUUGAUGAUGAUUUGAUGAGCAACUCCAGUCUUGCAAGGUUGCGUUUGAACCAAAUUGAAGGCAUUCCGAAAGAUGAGUGGAAUUUGCUGUACCUCGCUGUCACUCGAGCCAAGAAGUGUCUCACCCUGCCCAGGUUUUUUGCUGAUAUCCUAAAAGCCGCCAAGGAGUACUGUGUCCGGUUUGAAUUAGCCACCGAACUGUCCAGUACGACACCCCUGGUCUGUUCAGAAGACAGCUGCCGCAGUGCUAUCCCAGCGGAUUCCGUGCUAAUCCCCAAAAGGAUCAAUUUUCCUUACAUGGACGGCGCCGAAAACCCCGAGGGAUUUCUUUGUCCUUCUUGCGCUUCGUGCCAACUUGGCCCCGUUGCACAGCUCUCAGGAUCUUCCAGGAUUGAGGUUCCAGCUGUGGUUCACAUCCUCCUUGAAGACUUUUGACUACUUCAACCAACCGACCAAAAUUGCAUGGGGGUUUUUCAAGCCAAAAAAAAAGCGAAGAAUGUAGAAAGGAAGGUAUCCUAUUGAUGUGUGUGAGGAGGGGUGAUGCUUUUGGUGUGGUGCCUGGAGAGUCAGAAUUCAUCAGAACAGAGCUGCAAGGGACCUUCUUAAAAACCUCCAGGGAUGGAGCUCUCACAACUUCUGGAGGCAAGUCGUUCCACUGAUUAAUUGUUCUCACUCUUAGGAAGUUUCUCCUUAAUUCCAGGUUGCUUCUCUUAAUGGAAUGGAAUAGAAUAAGCAAUAGGAAUAGAAUAGAAUAGAAUAGAAUAGAAUAGAAUAGAAUAGAAUAGAAUAGAAUAGGAAUUGGAAUUGGAAUUGGAAUUGGAAUUAAAAUUAGAAUAAGAAUAGAAUAGAAUAAGGAAUAGGAAUAGAAUAGAAAUGAAUAGAAUAAAAUAAGAAUAAGAAUAGAAUAGAAUAGAAAAGAAAAGAAAAGAAUAGAAGAUGAAUAGAAUAGAAUUAGAAUUGAAAUUGGAAUUAAAAUUAGAAUAAGAAUAGAAUAGAAUAGACUAAGGAAUAGGAAUAGAAAUUAAUAAAAUUAGAAUAAGAAUAGAAUAAGGAAUAGGAAUAGAAUAGAAUUAGAAUAAGAAUAAAAUAGAAAGAAUAGAAUAAGGAAUAGGAAUAGGAAUAGAAUAGAAUAGAAUAGAAUUAGAAUAGAAUAAGGAAAGGAAUAAAAUAGAAUUAGAAUAAGAAUAAGAAUACAAUAGAAUAAAUAGAAUAGAAUAAGGAAUAGGAAUAGAAUAGAAUAGAAUAGGAAUAGAAUAGAAUUAGAAUAAGAAUAGAAUAGAAUAAAUAGAAUAGAAUAAGGAAUAGGAAUAGAAUAGAAUGCUCCUCAAAAUCAGACAGUGUGCUUUUUUUAUAUCUUGUAAAGUUUUCUUUAUAGAUUUAAGCCAUUCCAGCAGCCUUGCACUAUUUAUAAAGAGAGUUUUUUUAAAGUAUUUUUGCUAUGAAAAACAGGUAAAAAAAGGUGAUUCUUCCCAACGAUGUGCCUUAGAAAGGGACGGAAACCCUCUAUCUCUUUCCAAUAACUCUUUAGCACUUUCUCAUUGGUUCUUCAGGAACAAAGUGAUAUUUGCAGUAUGUUUUAGUAAAAAUUGUUCUGGUUAAAUGGUGAGAAAUGUACUUGCUUAUAAAGUUAUUAAUGAAUCUGACCCAUCCCAAAAAAAUAUCAAUAAAUAAACCAAUAAUUGAUGUGAGUCACAAUGGUAUGACGGUUUCCUUCUUCAUGAAAUAUGGAUGGAUGGAUGAUAGAGAUAAUAGAUAGAUAGAUAGAUAGAUAGAUAGAUAGAUAGAUAGAUAGAUAGAUAGAUAGAUAGAUAUAGACAAACAGUAAUGGAUGGAUGGAUGGAUAAAUAAUAGGAAGAGAUAGAAGAUAGACAUAGGUAAUAAAGUGGAUGGAUGGAUGGAUAGAGAUGAAUAGAUGAUAGGUAGAGGAUAGAUGAUAGACAUGUAAUAGUGGAUGGAUAGAUGGAUGAUAGAUAGAGAUAGAUGAUAGAUCAUAGAGUGGAUAGAUCAUAGAGUGGAUGGCUGGGACAAAUAUAAACACACAGUGCAUGGACAAAAUUCAGAAUCCAUUGGCCACUAGAUGGCAGGAGAGAGAUAUAAACGGGAAGAUUGUGUGAUAUAUAUACACACACACAUGAAAUUAUUUUGGAACUGCUCCAUCCCUUUGUAGAGUUGCAGGUCGAGAAGAUUUUUAAAAUACAUUUCAAAGUCCAACUUGAUUCCUGCUGAUUUCACGGAGGCCUCCCGGAAGUCCUCAGCUGCACAAAUGACCCCGUGUCCUUCCUGGACAGUUUUCCUUUUAACUUCUCAGUUGACUUUAGAGCAGAGGUCUCCAACCUUGGCAAC